AUGACAAGAAAACAAAUUUCAUCCCUUCACUCCUCGGUCUCGCGCCUGCAGCUAUCCGAGCCUGUCGCCGUGGAAGAACCCAGUCCGCUAGCUUCCCCGCAGCAGCAAUCGAACACUUCCUUCUCCCCAGAAGCCUAUACACAGCCUUUUAUCGACUUUAUCAGCAAAAACCCUACUAUAUUCCACGCCGUAAACCACUUCAGCAAGCAGCUCGAAGCUCAAGGCUACAAGAAACUGUCCGAACGAGACACGUGGACAUCCGAAUUGAAGCGCGGCGGGAAGUACUACCUCACUCGUAAUGACAGUUCCUUAGUCGCAUUUGCUGUGGGUAGUGAAUACAAGAGCGGUAAUGGUAUUGGUCUUGUUGCCGGCCACAUCGAUGCGUUGACCGCCAGACUUAAACCUGUGCCGACGUUGCCAACCAAGGUUGGAUUCAAGCAGAUUGCGGUUGCUCCAUACGCAGGUGCCUUAAACAAGACUUGGUGGGAUCGAGACUUGGGUAUCGGUGGUCGCGUACUAGUAAAGGGUGAAGAUGGCGUUGUCAAGUCGAAGCUGGUCAAGCUCGACUGGCCCAUCGCUCGUAUCCCGACACUAGCUCCUCAUUUCGGCGCAGCUUCAACCGCCGCUAAUCCGGAGACGAAUAUGGUCCCUAUCAUUGGCAUUGAUAACUCCGAUUUGUUUGGUGGUGCAUCUGGCUCUGAUGAGACAGUAGAGGGUAUCAAGGUCGGCACUUUUGCAGCGACCCAGCCUCCCAAACUGGUCAAGGUCAUUGCGGGUGAGCUCGGUGUCACCGACUACAGCAAUAUUAUCAACUGGGAAUUGGAGCUCUUUGACACCCAACCUGCGCAGGUUGGUGGCCUUGAGAAAGAUCUUAUCUUCGCUGGUCGCAUUGACGACAAGCUUUGCUGUUUUGCAGCUCAAGAGGCUCUUCUUGCUUCUUCCGACUCGACAUCGCCGGGUCUCGUCAAACUCGUCGGUAUGUUUGACGAUGAGGAAGUCGGAUCCCUUCUCCGUCAGGGCGCACGGUCGACUUAUCUGAGCAGUGUCAUUGAGCGUAUUGUCGAGGCAUUUGCCGACAAGAACUACGGACCAAACCUUUACAACCAGACCGUCGCUAACAGCUUCUUGAUCUCGUCUGAUGUUAUCCACGCCGUGAAUCCCAACUUCCUCAACGCCUACCUUCCCAACCACAUGCCACGCCUGAAUGUCGGAGUAACUGUCUCGGCAGACCCCAACGGCCACAUGGCUACCGACGCCGUCAGCCACGCAAUCCUGCAACAAGUCGCCGAAAAAAGCGACUCAACGCUACAAAUCUUCCAAAUCAGAAAUGAUUCUCGGUCUGGUGGUACCAUCGGUCCCAUGACCAGUGCACAGAUUGGUUUGAGGACUGUCGACGCCGGUAUCCCACAGUUGAGUAUGCACAGUAUUCGAGCAACGACGGGAAGUCUCGAUCCCGGUCUGGGUGUGAAGUUAUUCAAGGGCUUCUUUGAUCAUUUUGAGGAGGUCGAUAAGAGCUUUCCAAGUCUUUAA